GGGCUCGAACCGGUUGGUGGACCCCAAUGGAUCAAAAUUUAUUGGAAGCGUAGGUUAUGGUACGGUUGGUAACUCUACGCGCCUCCGCACAUGAAAAAACCCGCCAAAUCCAAGAACCAGAAAAUGCGAGAAAGUGGCGCUGACUUGCCGUUCGUAUAUCUGAAACCGAAAGCACCGACUCAAAACCAAAAUUCCCCUUCCUAUCUUCCUCUUCCUUGCUUUACUCUCUCAGUUAUAGAAUAAAAAGAAAAACUACGCUUUCUCAGUUCCUCCAAACAAAUUUCCCAAAUUUAAAACCCUGGUCCUAAUAUUCAAUUAUUCAUAAUCUUGCAAUUAGGGUUUGCUAAAUUUUUCCCAUCUAAUACUGGGUUUCUAAUUUUAAUUUAAUUGCUUUACAUUGUAAGAAAUUUAGAACUAGCAAAAUUUUUUUUUUUUUUUUGGGGAAAUGUUACUAUGAUCUGUGUGUUCAAGACAAUGGAUCACUGAUCUGAUUGAAGGUGGAAAGUUACUUUAAUUAGGGCUAAUUUUUUUCGCUAGAAAUUUGAUUCUGGGUAUGGCGAUAAUUGGCGACGCGCUUCGCCAGGCGUUCAUGCCUAAGCACGAAUAUGAGUGCAUCCGGGAAGAAGAAAGAGCAUGGGGCAAACUUCAAAGACCUCUAUCUGUGGCUUUUAUGGCUUUCGUUUCCCUUCUAUUUAUCAUAUGCACGAUUAUUAGCUUGAACAUUGUUUUCCCGAGCGACAUUGCGAAAAGGCCGUUCUGCAGUGACCGGAGGCUUCAGCGGCUGCCAGUGGAUGUGAAAGAAGAAGGUGAUCCUGAUCUGUUUCCUGGAGCUUUUUAUCUUACCGACCAGGAGGUUGUGGAUUAUUACUGGAUGGUUGUGUUCCUUCCCUCCAUGAUGGUUUUCUCAGUAACCGCAGUAUAUCUAAUUGCUGGGUUCAUUGUUGCUUAUUCUGCUCCAACAAGACAUGUGUGCUUAAAGGUGGUUGAGAAUAAUUAUUGUGCUUCAAAAAGAGGUGGGGUACGCUGUCUAUCCAUUUUGAAUGCUGUCUUUGCAAUUAUAUUCGGUCUUCUUGCAUUGUUUCUUGGUUCAAGCCUCCUGACAUUAGGGAGCAGCUGUUCUUUACCCCUCUUCUGGUGCUAUGAGGUUGCAUCAUGGAGUCUGGUUAUUCUAUAUGGGGGAAGUGCCUUUUUCCUUAGAAGGAAAGCAGCUAUGAUUCUAGAUGAAGGAGACUUUGGUGGUCGAAACCUUGGACUUGAAAUGUUGGAAGCAAGUCCUUUGGAAGUGACACCAGAGGUUGAAAGGCGGGUUAAUGAAGGGUUUAGGACUUGGAUGGGGUCGUCCCUCCUAUCUUCUGACGAAGAAGAUGAACCUGACAGUUACUAGGAAGUGCCUCACGUAACAUGGACCAACUCUAAUAGACAAACAGUCUAACCUUUAAAUGAAAAGCACUUCAAAACUAAACAGCUUCCUGGCAAUUUUGUUUUACAACUUCAGCCUUGGGAGAGGAUAGAGUUCAUUUUUGUUCAUCAAAGAAGCCAGCUUCAUGAUGGUUCAACAGAUAAAUGCGAAUGAAAUGCUAAUGACAGGGAUUGGAAUGGUGUCCAUUUUGUGCGCCGCUAGUUUUUCAGUAUUCUAUUUUCCAUAUCUCCAUAGCUUGUGAAUAAUUGAACGGUAUAUAUUUGUAUGCUUUGGAACCGAAGUAGUGAAAAAGCUUAGCCCUUGUUUUAGCCAUGUAAUUCAAAAACAGUUUUCUGUUUUUUAUAACAGAUUUUGAGGUGUAUGACAAAACAAGGACUAGCUUUUGAGCAUCUCAUGUUGACCUAGUGUAUGUAUGCAUUUCAAUCCCCUAGUAGAGUUAUCUGGAUGAUUGGCAUCCAAGGACAGUUCGAGUUGAACAUUUUUCAGUCUGGUUCGAGACAAAUGGAGGGGAAAUAGUUCGUGCAACGGAUAAAGAAUCAAGCUCCCAUUCGAUCAAACCUGCACAAUUCAAAACUUCUUACACUACAAUUAUUUGCUUAUUAGGCCCUCUUUUUGCAAAGAAAUUUGUCGUCCAUUUAUCAAGUGUGUCAAAUCAGUAGCACAAUGAGAUUAUAUUUCCCUGUCUCGUUCGGGCAUUUAGAGUGGAUGAUUAAGGUUUUGUUUGGCUGUAGCUUUAAAAAAAUUGGUUUUCAUUUUUAAAGCUCAAAAUUACUUUGGAAGUAUUUGUAUAGUUUUUCAGAAAUGCAUUUGGCUUUUAAAAGUGCUUUUAACCAAAAUGGAAGCGCUUCUAAGGAAAUAUUAGUAAAAGCCAUCCCCAUGCAUGGCUUAAAUGGUAACA